CAUGUAAAACCGUCAAAGUAGGAUCUUGGAACAAGACAAUUGACCUCUAAUAUUGACGAACAGGUGCUAACCACUAUCAUUGAAAAAAGAGCCUCGAAAACAUGUUUUCAAGUUCCCAUCAUAGACUGCAAUUCAGUUCGAAGUAGCAAGAGUAAAAGCAUGUCAAUUCCGCCACCACAAGUAAGUGCAACGAUGUUCUGACACCCAAUGCUGGCUGCACUAUUGAUCCAGGACCAUUCCAAGAGCCCUCGAGCUUUCUAGAGAGGUCUUCGACUGCUCUCGCCCUUUCUUGAGCCUUUGCUGAAGGACAAGGCACGGCCUUGUCUUGUUCCAUAGAAAGGCGUGUGCUCAGUACAGAGAGAAUAAGAGACUGCUGUUUCUCCGUCCAUUUGGGUCUUGUGACAGUGGAAUCCAAGAGUAGAAAAUUGGAACCCAAAAAUGGACCCGUGUGAUUUGGAAGUGAUGGCAUCGUUCGGAAGGCCGAUGAAGAGGACGGAAUAACUCCGACCCUCGAAUGGAUUUGUCUGCCAGAGGUCAGGAACCAGAGAUCGAAGAAGCCGCGCGAUUGACACGACUCUCCGAGAAAACCUUCGCUGAGAAUCUCAAAGAUCUCCCUAAUCUGUUGCAAAGCAAGCUGACCCCUAGCCAGGAAACGAGCCCACCCAGUGGUUCUGGGUCAGCCUCUUGCAAGUCCUCGCGGAACGAGUCACCAGUCACGCUCAAAAUUGAAACGACAACUGAAUCUUGCAACCGGUUGAAAUUGGGAGGGUUUUCGGGCAUCAACUCACGCAAGGGCUCGAGUUGUUCCACUCCCGUGUCCAAUGUGAGAAGCGAGCUGGACUACCCAGUCCCAAUUUUGUCCGCCCAUCAUUGGUCAACCUUGAGGAUUCCAGUCAUGGCGUGUCCAUUGACGAGAACUCGAGACUCACCAUUCGCCUCCACUAUAAUCCGGUCAUGGAUGAAUGGGUCAGUCUCACGGACGAGUCCCUUCAACCCUCUGAGGUCAACUCUCAGGAUUUGGAUACCCUCUUCAACUUGUACAAAAAGAUCGAGAUCGUAAAUGAAGCGCCGACAGAGGUUAUCAUUUUCCGGAACUUCUUGAACGCUCUUGAAACGACGGCAUUCGGCGGACUGACCCAAGGCUCAAGGCUAUGAUAGAAAAUCUCAAUAACUUGAAGAACGAGGAAUUUCCAGACGGUCAUAUUGAUAAUUUGUCUUUGAGCAGAGUUCAAUUUCAAAGGGUUGUGCAAGAUAACAUUGCGUUGCUUUCAAAGGCCUUCAAGAAUCAGUUUGUCAUCCCAGAGUUUGCUCAUUUCACCAAACAGAUCCGGGGGAUAUACAACCAUUGCAAAAACAUCGAUACUGGAAAGGUUGCCUCUUACAUCCCUCAAUUGGCAAGAUAUGAUCCCAAAUUAUUUGCCGUGUCCAUUUGCACCGUUGAUGGGCAACGCUUCAGUUUGGGCGAUGUCGAGAUGCCAUUCACGAUGCAGUCAUCCAGCAAGCCUUUCACGUAUGCAGUGUGCCUCAAUCAACUGGGCAGAGACAUUGUUCACAAUUAUGUUGGCCAAGAACCGAGUGGAAGAAUGUUUAAUGAGCUGACUUUGGAUAAUAACAAUAAACCCCACAAUCCGUUACUGAAUUCUGGAGCUAUUAUGUCAGCCGCCAUUUUAUUGUAUCUGGUGAAUCCCGAGAUGAAGAUGUCGGAAAAAUUCGAUUUUGUGUCCGAUUACAUCAAGCGCAUUGCAGGAGGCGAAUUCUUGAGUUUCAACAACUCUGUGUUUCUGUCAGAGCGAGAAACGGCUGAUCGGAAUUAUGCCCUUACCUACUACAUGAAUGAAAACAAGUGCUUCCCCAAGGGAUUCAAUCUCCAGGAUUGCUUGGAUUUCUACUUCCAAACUUGCUCAAUGGAGGUGAAUUGCGACUCAAUGGCGGUCAUGGGAGCCACUUUAGCUAACGGAGGCGUGUGUCCCAUUACCAAUGAAGAGGUCCUUAAACCAGAAUCCGUCAGAGAUGUUUUGUCUCUCAUGCACAGUUGUGGCAUGUACAAUUAUUCCGGGCAAUUCGCUUUCAAUGUGGGUCUUCCAUCCAAGAGUGGAGUUUCCGGAUCUCUGGUCCUGGUUGUUCCCAAUGUCAUGGGGAUUGGUCUUUGGUCUCCCCCUUUGGAUUCACUCGGAAAUACCGUGAGAGGCGUGCAAUUUGCCAAGGAGUUUGUCAAGUUAUUCAAUUUCCAUCGCUUUGACAACCUGAUCAACCUGAGUGGAAGGAAGAUUGAUCCGAGGCUCUUCAAAGAUGAACAGUCUCGUCAGUCCACCUUGUGCUUGCUUUAUUCUGCCACCACAGGAGAUCUCACCGCUUUAAAGAGAUUCUAUUACAAUACCAACACUAACAUGAACUCCAGUAAUUAUGACGGGCGAACGGCUCUUCAUCUGGCGUGUGCUGAAGGCCACUUGAAUUGCGUCCAAUUUCUUGUGGAGACGUGCAAAGGCAAUCCACUCCUGCGCGACAGAUGGGGAUUCACACCGGUGAUUGAGGCCAAGAGAUUCCGCCACGAGAAGGUUGUGCAGUAUUUGAUGCAGUAUUUGGAGGAGCAUUAUCCCCUGAAGAACGAUAACACACCUGGAUUCAAGACCGCUUAGGAGUUACUCAAAUAUAAAGCUAGAUAUUUUAAGAUACCAAAGAGUACCGUUUUCUGGUCGAAUAAACCGAUAUCAUUCCAAACCA